GUCGUAUGCCUAAAAUUAUGAAACCCAAAAACUAAUAAACGAAUUUGAGAGACAGAAAGAGAGAUGAGAGGAAUAGGAGGGCCAUUGCUGACAAUUGGAGAUCUGCUAAGCGACGUCGGAGAAGAGAAUGUUACACCACCAGAUAAUACUCCUGUCUCACCGAUUCAAGAUUCCAAUAAUACCCCUCAUCCAUUGGACCUCGCUAAUCUCUUUCAGGAAAAUUACGAUCAGUUGAAUGAGGCACUUUCUGGUUCUGAUCACUCAUGGACAGCUCUAACUUUAAAGCUAUGCACUGCUCUGGAAACUGCAAAUAAAUUGGUUCAGUCCACCGACACGAAUGUUAGGUUGCUAUCAGAGAAGGUUGGAGAGAUUGAAAAAGUUAUCAAGAGGGGAGAUUCUGCCAUAGCAGCAGCCAAGGCAAUCUGGGUCUCUCUAAAUCAGAAGGAAGGAUCAUCCGUUGGUAGUCUAUCUAUGCAAUAAUCGAGAUCCCAUCAGGAACAACAAGGUUUGUCCAGUCUUUAUAGGAUUUUCCCUGUUAAUAAUGUCUUCAUAAUGAUCUGGAUGAAGAGAAUACAGUACUUUUAUAUGAAACUCGUAACACUUUCUUUGGUCUUAGAUUCUUGUUUAGGCUAGUUUCUCUUUGUCUUUUGGCUAAUUUGGCUGUAUCUCAAUACCUAAAUGUAUUACUUACUGUUUGAAUCAAAAUCCAAAGUGUCACUGUGGCAUGCA